UGGAUACUUGUUGCUCAAUCACAUCAUCUUAUAUAAAAUGGCUUAGCUCUCUUCAUAUAUACUGUAUGAGGGCUUUCUAGCUGAAAAUUAUAUUGGAUCGAGGCCGGACAGAUCUCCAAAGAUGAAUAGAGGAGGAAGCUAUGGCGGCGGUCAGAGUUCACUGGGCUAUCUCUUCGGCGGCGCGCCGGCGGAUGACGACAAGCACAACAAGAGAAAUGAGACGCCUCCGCCUUCUCCAAUCUGUGCACCACCCUACGGGAUUGAUUCCGACGUUGACAACACCACCGUCAGUAAGCCGCCGCCGCCGCCAAACUCCCCCGGCAAUACCUUCGAAAGAACCCUAUCUCAGAAUUCUGGAAACUUCGCCAUCGCUAGUCGGCCGUCGACGAAGGUGAAAUCGGCGCCGGGAGGAGAUUCAUCUCUGGGCUACUUGUUUGGAGACAAGAUCUAAUUAACAUAGUACCUGGGUGGAACAAGUGUUUAAGGAAGGAUGGAUCGGAUCUAGGGUUUGAAGUUUCUUAAAUUUGAUUGUUGGGUGUGAAUAAGGAUUUAUUCUGCAGCAAGUCUGUAGUGUUGAAACAUUAUCUGUGUUAUGAAAUUGUGGAUUUCGAUGGUAUGAACAUCGUCAUCGUCAUAAUCGUGUGUUGUGUGUUGUGGGAUCCUGUGAAGUCAUUAGGGUUUACUGUGUGGGAUUGUUGUUGUUGACUUGUUGGUGUGUUAAGGAGAAGCUUAAGUAUGUAAUUAGGGUUUACUGUGUGGGAUUGUUGUUGUUGACUUGUUGGUGUGUUAAGGAGAAGCUUAAGUAUGUAAUUAGGGUUUAUUGUGCUUAUGUAUGUAUAAUUAGAUUUAUUCCUGUGUAUGACCAUCCACAGACAUUAUAUGUACUAAAGAUCAUGGCUUUUGUUCU